AUGCAGAACCCCAACGCAGCGCAACACAGGCUGCAGCGUCGCUCGCCCGGCAUGGACCCCCCAGGCCCCCCUCCGCCCUCUGGUGUUCCGCAACGGCCAAUGUCACCAGCAAUGCAGCCACGGUCUUCUACUGCCUCGAGUAGAAGCGGUAGCUCUCGACGAAAUCAAUCCGGCGGCGGCUCGAAUAUGCCGCUGUCACAAAUAGAAAAAAGUGUUACUCAUCUGCUUGUCGCAACAAAGCAACUACUCGAGACAUUGACGCAAUGGUCACGCGGUGCGGCGACCGACACACAGGUGUCCGACGUCUACGUGAGGCUCGGUUACGAGUUUAAUAUGGCUUGUCGGGCAUUUACAGCCAUAAAUGUUGAUACCUCAGACCUCGGAAACGUCCCCGAGAACCUCAGGCACAUCCUGGAAUCAACACUGAGCCAAGAAGCAAGCACCGAGAGUUUGGAGAAAUACCUGCCACGGAUACGAGAUAUUAUCAUCAACCUUCUCCACGGCCUCAAGCGGAAACAGCAGAAACUACGGCAGAAACAAGCCAGAGAUAAGGAAGGCGGCGCAGCUUCCCCUGAUGACUCGAGCAUGGUCAGUCGAACCAUGAGCAGCAGUACCGCGGGUAGCUCUGGCACUGGCCUUACCACCUUGCUCAACGAAGGCUUGGACAAUAAUUACAACGGCGCUCGUGAUAGUUCAGGAUCUGGUCCAUCAGUUUCAAAUGGCUCUCCUGCACGCAAGAUUCAGGCUAGGGAACAGACUCUGUCGUCAAUAUCUUCGGAUCAGUCCUCGCUUUCGAGCACCACAAUGCAGAACAUACCAGUUCUGCCACCAUAUCCUGGAGACGAAUCGACCAUUCCUGCAGGCCCUCCGCCGCCGCAAAUCGACAUCGAUGCGUUCCCGCCGCCGCCGCCUCCUCCAAAAUCCCAGCAAAGCGCUCUCGCUGCCUUGCAGAGAGGAGGCGACCUGGAAAGAAGGGCGUCAAGGCGUUACUCUGCAUACCAAAUCUCAAAGCAUCUUGGCGCGCCCACCAAUGGCGUACCUAUGUUACCUUCGCAAAAUACUCCCAUACCGAACCGAGGACGUGGCGAGAUGCGCGAAUCGCUCCGCGCUGUCCAGGUCCGAGAAUCUAUGAGACACAACCGGAGUGGCUCAAGUCAGUCAAAGACAACACUCGAGCCCCCCUCGGUGGAAAUCCCGAGCACGGUCACCGAAGGUUCUUUCUCUUCAGGACAGGAUAAAUCCAGCCUUGAAUCGCCCCAGACUUCAUCUCCUGAUGAAAGGUUCAGGCCGAGUGCGACAGUUUCUGGUCCGUUGGCAGAUGAUUUCCCCAUCAGCCCCGAGUCUCCCGAAAAGACGAGACCGCCACCUAUUGUUGAAGUUACUCAGGCCAAGCCUGAACAGGUGCAGUCCCCGGAGCGACCAAAGACCCCACCACAGCAACAGCAAUCGACCAGUCUAAUUGAACAGUCUCCAGCGCUUGAUAAGGAGUUGACGCUCUUUCUACAAUACAAAUCUAAAGUCAAGAAGUUUGUUCUCCCAGAAGGCUACACAGGUCUUACAAUCGGGAAGUUGCAGCUCGCUUUUAUUGAAAAGUUUUCCUGGAAUACAGCACUGAAUGGCGCUGAUUUGCCUGAAAUCUACAUUCAGGAUCCAGUGUCCGGUGUUCGCCACGAACUGGAGGAUCUAUCAGACAUCAAGGAUCGAACGGUUCUUGCUCUGAAUAUCGAACCUCUGGAUGAAGUAAAAAAGCAUAUUGACGAGGGUAUUGGUGCUCUGAGAAAGGCUGUAGACGAAGUGAAACAGAAUGUCGAUGACCAUGGGACGGCCCUGCAGAGAGUGUCGGAUCGGCAAUUGGAAACGGCCAAGGAGAUGGCUCGCCUGGCAGCUGCGCCUCCAACGAUUAUAGAGAGCGCAAGUUCGAAAGCUACUGGACCUGGACCCAAGCUGAACCCGAACCAGCUCAGAGAACUGCAAAGUCUUCGCCGAGAUUUGGCCGUUAUGCGUCAGACGUACUCCAACUUCCAAACCGAAAUCCAAAGCUCCAUGUCUACACUGCGGAACAAGGCCAACAACGUCAAGGUCGCCGCAGCCAAGGCCUCUGUGCCCAGCUCGGAUGAUGGUUCUGGCCCCAUCUAUGUCAGUAAAGGUCGCAAGCAACUCAACACAGAUUCAGAUCGUCUUGUCACCAAGGUGGACGAUCUGCAAGAUCUUGUGGAGGAUCUCCGGAAAGAUGUGGUUCAUCGCGGUGUCCGGCCCAUGCCUCGCCAGCUCGAGGAUGUGUCCAAGGAUAUUCAGACGCUUACCAAUGAGCUGACCAAGGUCCGCGAGUAUAUGAAGCGGGAAAAGCCCAUUUGGACCAAGAUUUGGGAGAAGGAGCUGGAGGAUGUGUGCCAGGGCCGAGAUGAGCUCAAGGUUAUGGAAGAUCUCAUGGUUGACCUGCAAGAUGACCUUGAGAAGGCGUCUGAGACAUUUGCUCUUGUCGAACAAGCGACCAAGGAACAGAUGAAGGAAACCGCGCCUGCAGCACGUCAGCUCUCGAAGGGCCUACAUAACCUUGGAAAUACUGCCGACCCAAGCGCUGCAAAAGAAGGUGUCCUUGGUGAAGUGCGGGCACUCCAACCCAACCACGAAGAUAGGCUUGAAGCAAUCGAGAGAGCUGAGCGACUUCGCCAGAAAGAGCUUGAAAGCAGAUCAGACAAUCCGCUGAAGAAGGAGCUGGCCACAUUUGUUGGAGAAGGCAAACUGAAGAAGAGUGGAGGCUUUGAGGAGGUGGAGCGCGCAAGAAAGGCCAAGGAUGACAAAAUCAGACGUGAGGUUUGGGAAAGAAUGAAUGGUAUUGUGGCCGACGACGGAAUGGGCGAAGGGGAAGAGGAGGAGGAGGAAGAAGGCGAUAUGUUUGAUGAGGACGAUAUUGAUGGUGACGGCGAAGUGGCGGAGGAAGUAGAGGAUGAUGUCGCAAGCGAGGCCGCGGGCGACGAGAAGGCCCCGGAGCACGAAACCUCUGUGUAA